AUGAAACGGGAAUUGUCAACUCCAAGGGAAGCCGUUACAGUAUAUGGUUUGGAGCACCACUAUAAAUUCAGCUGCUCCAAAACCUCUCAACCAAAACCUCCCGAGAAAGUCAGAAUGCUCUUGUUUAUGUCUCUCGUCACGUUGGCUCUUCGAGCCUCGCAAUAUGCUAAUGCUCAAGCACCGAGUACUUUCCCGCAUGCAUAUCCAGGAAUGCCCACCACGAAUUACGGCCCAGACUGGCAACAUUAUUUCGAGGUUACCUCACCACUGCCCAAUGUUACCGAACCUCUGGGUGUUCGAAGCUUCGCCGGCAACGUCGGAGUUAACCGUGAAGGGCAUCCCAAUGCAACACUCUUCUUCUGGGCGUUUGAGAAGACAAACGGCAGUCUUACAACGAAUUCGACGACAAAGCCAUGGAUCAUCUGGCUCAAUGGUCUCUCUUCGUGCGGUCCGGGUUCGUCCAGCAUGAUUGGCAUGAUGAGGGAGAACGGGCCAUUGCGAGUCACCGGCAACUUUUCUAUCAUACGGAACGAUCUUAGCUGGAACAAGCUUGCAGAUACCAUUUGGAUUGACCAACCAGUCGCGCGGGGUAUUCUACUUCUGACGCGGAUGGCUACGGUUCAAUUCCUGUCCAACCUUGUCAAGAUAUUUCCUAGUCUUGCGAAGCGUCCUCUGCAUCUUUCGGGAGAGUCGUAUGCAGGAACUUACAUUCCAUACAUUGCCAAAACGAUAUUCUCUACUCCCAACCCGCCAGUCAGACUCGCCAAAAUCAUUGUUGGCGAUGGAACACUGGGAGACUUUGCGACCUCCGAACAUCUGCCGACCAUCACGACAAUCGAAACGUACCCUCAGCUAAUCAGUUACGACCCAGAGGUGUACGAGUACUUCAGACUCCAACAGCAUUUAUGCGGAUACGAUCUCAACUUCACCUACCCAGAAACGGCACAUUUCCCCACCCUCAAGGACCCCAGCUUUGGAUCGACUUCCUUCCCUUCCGCCGCGCUUCAAAAUCGACAAUACAAGUCUCUCAAGGAGCUCGCUGUUGGGAACAGUCAAUUCAAGAGUGCCAACAAUAAACGCGACCUGGCUCUACAAGAGGAGCGUCGACAAGCGUGGAAGCGAGAUUUGUCCGGCCGCGCAAAUGGAACAAUCGACCCUUAUUACGGCUGCUACACCUAUUUGGAACUCUUGGACUACGCCUCGAACUUCUCGUUCCCUUGGAACACGCCUCUUGGCGGCAUUGACGCGAGUGCUGUCUAUGAUGUUCCGGAUGGGCUGAACCCCGAAGUCCCGAGCGACCCAACGAUCUUCAUGAAUGACCCUCUGACGAGAGCCGCGCUCCAUGCACCGACAUCCAAGAACUGGCUAUCCUCUUUUAGCUAUCCAUUCGGGGCAGCACCAGAUAACACUCCCAUUCAAGAUCCUAGCCCAGCAGCGAUGGUUUUCUUGACGGAUUUGGCGGCCAACGCAUCAGCGAAGGGCGUCGGCAUCGUGUUUUACGCGGGCAAUGACGACUCGUUGGCUGCGCACCGUGGAACAGAGGUCGUCAUCCAAAACAUGACAUUUGGUGGCAUUCAAGGGUUUACGCAGAAGCCAGCAACACCUUGGACGGAUGACAAGGGCAAUUUCGCAGGAAUCAUCCACCAAGAGCGCAAUCUCACCUAUGCACUGUUCAAAGGCGCUGGCCACCGGGUCCCCGCCUCCGUCCCUGAAGCCGCCUUUGUGUUCAUUCGCGACUUCGUCCUUGGAGCCAAGACCACGGGUUUGGUGAGGAGUGAUGGCACUAUUGUUGGUGGCAAAGACCCCCUGCUCGCUAUGGAUUUCAUGCAGGGAAGCAACGUGAUCUACUAUGGGAGUGGGGCAAACGCGACGACCAGUUUGUCGACUGUUGUUCCGAGUGCUACGCUGGUGUCAUGGCAGAAGUUUUUGGCUAGUCAGACUGCAACUUCAGACACCUUGUCAAGUACCAAGUGUUAG